AUGUGGUGCGCAGGAACGGCAGCACGUACGCUGCCUACAGCGGGUAUGCGGCCUGUGCGUAUGUACGCCACGGGUCGGAAGCCCACAAAAAAUGAUACAUCGCGUGGACGUGAUCAGCUUCGUCAGUUGAUGCGGGCCCCGUUGCCGGCGUACUCAGAGUGGGUGCGCGGCGAUGGAGAGCGAUUCCGCUACCCUACACCCGGACGUGGGCCGCAUUGGAUCGGCCCCACCCCGUUCCCCAUGAACCCGUCGUUCCUUCCGCCGCCACCCGUGCAUCAGGAUGUGCGUGAUAGCAUGUGGCGCCUGCAUACCCAAGCGCCGAAGCAAUGGACUGUGCGUUCGCUCUCGGACAAGUUCCGUGUGAGCUUGGAGCGUACAGAAGCGAUUCUGCGCCUCAAGGCACUCGAGCAGGAGUUUACUGAUGAGGGAAAACCACUGCAAACGGAGCUGCAAAAAAAUAUGGAGCGCUUGCUCGGCGCUCGACCGUCGUUCACGAUAGAACAGCGCCCUGUCGAGCCCAGCCCACCCCACUCGCCACGUGGUGCGCCGUACGAAGAGCUGGACGAGGGGGCCGAUACCUCGUCCUACAACUCGGCGCUCUCGACGGCGAUUCGCCAAUCGAACAUGGAGCAUCGUAAGACCAUGGCCAUGCUGCCUACAGGCUCGCCAGAUGCGCUUCUCGAUUCACGCACGGUGCCUUCGCUCGGCGCGACGCGCGCGCCGUUGCGGAUCGUACGUGUGGGGCCGGACUCGUACCGUGGCUCUGGCACUGUGGAGCGCAACCGCAAACGCGCGCAGCGCCGUGCACAGCUGCGGGCCAAGCACCAGGCGGCCAAGGCACAGUCGUGA